AUGGUGAAUGCAAUCCUGGACGCAAUCCAAGACGCGCCUUUGGGGCAGGCGAUAAACUGGAUCAGCAAAGGCAGACUCUUCGCCUUUCCCGAACAGCACCCUAACUUCUCCAUCCCAUGGGAACAGGCCACCGCAACUGAGAAGGAGAAAGAGAUCGAGACCACCCCAGAUGCAGAUGUCAGCCGCCAAACCAGCAGUGCUACUACUCCACACCCUGUUUCUCGCGAAGCUUCGUACAUCAAUCGCGAGGACAUCGAAGCCCGACACCUGAGCACCAUUCCUACAGCCCAAUCCGCUGCUCGAGGGGAGUUCACAGUCGUCACCACGCGGACACGGACCAGAGAACAGACUCUGCCAUAUUCUCGUGAACGAUUCGAGGUCGAACAAGAAGAGGCCAUCGAGCGCCAACAAAGCAGCAUUAUCGCCCCGCAGAAAACCGCCGACGGCGUCAUUCUCGUGGACUGGUAUACCACCGACGAUCCAGCGAACCCUCAGAACUGGGGAAGCUGGAAGAAAGUCUGGGUCGCCUUCCUCAUCUUCAUGUAUACCUUCGCGGUGUACUCUGCCAGUGCAAUCUAUACCUCGGCGGAGCCCCAAGUUAUGGCCAAGUUUGGCGUCGGACAGAGUAAAGCGAGUUUGGGAUUGAGCAUGUACGUGCUGGGUUACGGCUUCGGACCAAUGAUCUUCUCUCCCCUCUCCGAAAUCCCGGCUAUUGGCCGAAACAUCCCCUACAUCAUCUCCUUUGGCCUCUUUGUGAUCCUUUGCGUGCCUACCGCAUUAGCAAACAGCUACGCAUCCUUACUUGUGUUGCGGUUUCUCACCGGUUUCAUGGGCAGCCCUUGUCUAGCUACUGGGGGCGCAUCCAUGGGCGACAUGUACGGGCUCUUGAAACUUCCCUAUGCCUUAACCGCAUGGGUCGCCGCAGCCUUUUCUGCACCUGCACUUGGACCUCUCUUAUCAGGUUUCUCGGUCGUCGCCGAAAGCUGGCGCUGGGCACUCUGGGAAGUCCUCUGGAUGUCGUCCCCAGUGUUUGUGCUCAUGUUCCUCUCCAUGCCCGAAACCUCUGCCCACAACAUCCUCUUGCGUCGGGCACAGCGUCUCCGAAAACUCACGGGCAACCCGAACUUGAAGAGCCAAGGAGAGAUCGACCAAGGGAGCAUGUCUUUUUCCAAGGUUGCCAUCGAGCAGAUGUGGAAGCCGAUUGAGAUCUUUUUGAAGGACCCUGCGGUCUUCUUCACGAAUGUCUAUACGAGUCUGAUUUAUGGGAUUUACUACUCUUUCUUCGAAGCUUUCCCCCUCGUCUACGUCGGGAUGUACGGCUUCAACAUUGGCGAAUUGGGCAUCGUCUUCGUCUGCAUUGUCGUGGGCUGCGCCAUUGGCAUUGCCAUCUACGUGUCGUACGUCUACUUCUACCUCGAGCCCGACAUCAAGAAGAACGGCCUCCGCGCCCAAGAACACCGUCUCGUCCCGGCUCUAUUUGCCACCACUCUCCUACCCGCCGGGAUGUUCUGGUUUGGCUGGACGUCCACGCCGCACAUCCACUGGAUCGUCUCCAUCAUCGGCAUCACAUUCUACGCCGUCGGGGCCUUUAUCCUUUUCCAGUGCAUAUUCAUGUACCUGCCACUCACCUACCCACAAUAUGCCGCGUCUCUCUUUGCAGCAAACGAUCUGUGCCGGUCCGCCCUGGCCGCGGGGAGCAUCAUCUACGCACACCCGCUCUACGUCAAUCUUGGCAUCGGCCGCGGAAUCAGCGUGCUCGGUGGCCUGCUCUGCGGCGGUGUCAUCGGCAUCUGGGCGCUCUGGUACUUCGGCGGUUCUCUGCGCGCAAGGUCCAAGUUUGCCAUGAGCUAG